AUGUCUGUCAACUCGGAUGAUCGCAGCGGGUUCACCAGGGCGCAGCAACUCUGGAGGAGAGGAUUCAACAAGGUCAAGUAUCUGAUGCCCGCGAUGGUGAACUUGAGAAGUUCAAAGAGGAAGAGUUCACAAGUCGACGACCUCGCGUCUCUCCUGCUGAACUCUCAAGACCUUCCGUCUCGUCCUUCUCGCCUUGCUCUUCCUCACGGCCACUUGAGCGCUUCAGAGGUUGGCAGGCUCUACGCAGAAAACGAGCUGAGCAGGGGCAACAUGACAGCUGAAAAGUGGAACGACGCCUUGAGCACGUCGAGCUUGUUCGAUGUCAGGCAAGGAGGAGACAAGAUCUUCCUGCGGUCAGGCGGCUACUGCUACCCAACUCAUCGUCGAGCUGUCGCGAGCAAGAGCUGGUACGGGAGGGUGGGGCACACCUGCAUGGCUGGACUGGAGGACUUCCAGGUGGACUUGAGCAAGGGCAUGGCUUCGCGUCCUGCUGGGCCCUGGCUGCUACUUCCCUCCCGUCCUUCCACCUCGCGCAACUUUGAGAGGAUCGUUAGAAGUUCUCCUGCGCUGAGGAAGACACCCGUGCGAGAGCGAGACGCGCAGGCGAUGCAGCGAUACAAGCCGGAAGUUCUGUACGAGGACCUUCGACAGUUCCAGUCAUGCUUCAUGCGCCUGUCUUACGAGGGUUCUGCGCCGGCGGAGGAGGAGAAGUCGACUGAGGUCGACAUCUCGCGCUUCAACCGGCUGUACCGAGAGCUCAAGACCGAUGUGUUCCUGCAAAUCCUCGACAAGAUCAACACGGUGACAAGAUACUUCGUUGCUAUCAAGAUCUCGCGAGAGGAAAACGAGGUGAAAGAAAGAGAUCAUGAGGUGCAGAAGUCUCGUAGGAAAUGGGAGAAGAUCAUGUUGGAGAUCGAGAUCGAGAAGUCAGAAGCUGACGAGGCUCAAGCGCGAGUGAUGAAAGAAAAGGCUGAAUUUGAAAGAGCUGAAGCCGUGAUUGAGAAGAACCAGAGCGAGCUGCAGGAGCUGAGAGAGGCAGCUGAGAAAGACGGAGUCAUCGACGACGAGGAGGAGGCUGCGAUACGUAGGAUGGAGAUCAAACUCCAGGUUGACAGCGUCAGGCUCCGCAAGGAGCGGGAGGAGUACCUGGAUUGGAAGAAGAGGAGCGAGAAGGAGCUAGAAGAUUAUCUGAGGGCGCGUCAGAAAGUUUUCUCUCUCAGCGACUACGAGGAGCUCAUGAAAGCCAAGGAAGCAUUCAAUCAUAAGCUUGAGAUGCUCAAGGGAAACAUGAGCCAUCGAGCCGUCUCGGUUCGACCCUCCUCCUUCUCACACUCUAUCUUAUCUUUAUGCUGCUCCUCCAUCUGA